AUGGUUAAAAGGAAAAGUCUAGAGGUGAUUUCUGAACCCAACAAAAGGCGGAAAGAUCCAUCAAUUGCGGAUGAAGCUUGGCGAAAGAUGCGAGAUGCCAUUGAAGCCACGUUUUUGUUAAAGUGUCCUGGUGAUUUUUUCACUUUCUAUGAAUUUUGUUGUAAGCUAUCUCCAGACGAACCUCUCAGUAGGGCCUUACGUGAGGAGCUGGACAUCGAGCUCGUUGGGCCUUUCGAACUUCUUAAUAGGGACUGGAUUCCGGACGCGUCUGAAGAUUUUUCGUGUUGUUAUCGUUACUUCCACGACCCACCCGAAUUUGUUACAGUAUUUGCUGCUCCCUCUGGAUUUUAUCAUGUCGGAUAUUUUCGGUAUAAUUGA